GCUCCGUGAUUAAUGACCCUCCCGCCCGGCAAGGGGCGGUCGCUGCCUCCCGCGCUGGCGGCGGCGGGGCUGGGGGGGAGCCCGGCGGCCAGGUGCGCCCCAGCCCCACCGUACGGACUGGCCGCGCAGUCUUAUAAGAAGACUCCGCGGGGCUGGACGCGACGGGAGGGCUGCAGUGAGCAAACCCGCUCCGCACUGCCUCGUCGAUGCGCGGCCUCGGCCAGGAACGGCCCAGAAUUUCAUCCAAUGUAGCUGUGAAGCUUCUAAGAUACAAGCUCCUACUUCAGAAAGGCACACAAAGAAAUGAGGUUUCUAGGAUAUCACAGAAACACCAGAUCUCCAACACAUGAAAGCCAGGAUCUGUCUGAGAAAUUUAGAAGGUGUGCUUGAAUAAGAGCAACUGGAUCAGGUCCUCCCUACUGGGGAAGUCACCAAUGGACUGUAGACAUUUAUCUGAGAACAGCAAGGAGAUCUCGAGCCCUAGUUCAGAGCCCGAUUCCUUGCUGCCUUCUGUCUCUGGCAGUAAUUCUUGCACCCCCUGCUCAGCUGGGCAGCGGGCCGGAGCAACUCCUGGAAGACCGGCAGCUGCAAAUGCCGCUCGGGAGCGCAGUCGGGUUCAAACCCUGCGCCAUGCCUUUCUAGAGCUACAGAAGACUCUGCCCUCUGUACCACCUGACACCAAGCUCUCCAAGCUGGAUGUACUGCUCCUGGCCACCACCUAUAUCGCACACCUCACCCGUAGCCUUCAGGAUGAGGAAGAGUCACCGGGAGAGGGCUUGGGUACCCUCCGAGGGGAUGGAUACCUGCACCCUGUCAAGAAAUGGCCAAUGCGAUCCAGGUUAUACAUUGGAGCUACAGGGCAGUUUUUGAAUCACUCAGCGCAAGGAGAAAGUGCAAGCCAAGGAGAAACAUCAACAAAUUCACAAAUCUAAUCUCCCUUUUCAUUAUUAAAAAGUUAUUUAUUUCAUCAUAUAUAUUUAAGUUAAAAAACUUAUCUGCAGACAAACUAUAAUUCUUCAAGUACCAUCUAUGGAUGAGAAGGAACUGAUUCUUAAAUGCAGUUAAUGCCUUAUUAACUUAAUCUGAUAUAUCACUGGUUUCUAACAUAGAGGAGAUUGUUGAUAAUUGAAUUGAGGGAAUAGAAGAAGGCAGUUGCACUCAGCACCAACCCAUAAAGCAGCGACAAAGGCAAUACCGCUAACAGAAUAAGUAUUCUUACCCGCUCCAAUGCAAGAAGUUCACAGGAGAGAUGCAGUAUUGGCUAAGUAUAGUGUAGUAAAAGCUUUGAUGAAAAGCAAAUGGCAAGCAGGUCUAAAAAUGCCAAUCAAAAUACCACAUACACUUCUUCACUGCAUGAAACCAAUAGCAGAAAGCUCACUAACUGCAGUCUGGUGAGAGCUUCAUCGUUCAGAUAAUCUUAAAUGUAUGUAGUUUUCCUUUGAAAAUGUGGAUGCAUGCUCACUUUAAGUAAAAAUGUGCUGAAAACUGUCCUACAUACAUACAGUGUUACAUACAACAAACAAACUGCUUUGUAGAUGAAAUGUAGUUACAUAAAAUCAGUAUUGCUUGUAUUGAUUCAUAUUAUUGUGUCGCAUGUUACAGGGUUUAAAAUGUGUUUAAGCGUUACCCCGUACUACUACUUACGUGUUUAGGUAUCAGGAUUUAUUUAUCUUAUUUUUCAUGAGGUUGAUACAUUCAAAUAAAUAAGCCUUAAUACUUGGCUUUGUUCAUAGUACAUUUUUCACUUAAAACAUCUUCUAUAGAUAGGCAAGAGAAGUUGAAACUAAUGCACAGAUACCAUCUAUUGCAUCUGUCCUGUAAAACCUUAUACUUUUCACAUAUUUUUUUGUUACUGCUAAGGUACACAUUUUAUUAAAUAUAAUUCAGUGGACAUUAUUUAUUGAGUUGCAAAAUCUGUAUCACUUGCGUUCCUCAUUGUACAGAAUGAAUAGUUUUUAAUAACAUUGUGCAUUUUUAGUAACUUCUUGCUGAAGACUGCUUUACAAUUUAAGUUUUACAAUGACAUUUGACAGAAAGGGAAAAUUAAUUACUGUCAGGCAUAACCUUUGUAAAAUCAUUUUGUUGCUUUAAUUCUUGAGUCAAAAUUGUGAUCUCUUUCAGAGGUGCGAAGCAUGUCGUUACAAGUUGAGUGUUCAAACCAUAGAAAAUCAGGCCUCAUGUAUCAGAACAUGUAUCCACAUUAGCAGAGCCAUUAGAAAUGGUUGGACAAACCAUCUAGGACAUGUGGGAAGAGUAAAGUAUGAUAAAAGGGUGUGGUAAAAUCAAGAGACCUCUGUCACUCCUGCAACUUUCUGAGUUUUGACAAGUUUAUUCUUUAAAAAUAUACUGCUCUUAAAAAUUC